UGAAAUUCGAUUGUAAAACUAAAUUUCAGUUAGCAAUAGUACUAUGUAACAAGUGCAAGUUAAUUUAUAAUAUUGGCUAUUCAAUUGAUUUGAGUUGCAUAAGCCUCAGUUAAAACAUCGUCCGAUUCUAUAAAGCUAUGCCAAGUUACUUUUCUAAACAUCAAUUGUUGCAUCCAACUUUUUUUCAUUCUGAGCUACUUAGUUUUCUAACAAUCCUUUAAAAGUUUAUAUUGAUUCACAUCAAGAGUGCCCGCUAAUGGCGGGAAGUUGACAAUACUUACAAAGCAGAUCAUUCAGUAUCACGUCGCUUCAAAGCAUUUCGGUUUUAAAAGAGAAAAAAAAAAAAAUAAAACAAUAUAAAAGAAUGUCAACUGAGAACAACAAACUGGGGAAUUUCUUCGGAGACCAAAAGGUCUCGGACUACAACAGAAAAAUUAUUCCACGCUGGUGGAGCGGUGGGAUAGCUGGGGCCUUUACCCAUUGUGUUGUUGCGCCUUUUGAUCUACUGGAAACUCAAAUGAUGUUUCUCAGCAAAGACAUAAGUAUGGUUGACUAUAUAAAAUUUGCAAUAAAAAAUCAUGGAUUUUUAUCGCUAUACGACGGUCUGAGUGCCCAAAUUUUACGACAGUUAUCUUAUACGACAUUACGGUUCCAUUUGUACCAAGUGGGAAAGCAGUACGUCGAUGAUUACAAUCUCUUUCACAAGGUGUAUGUGGCAAGCAUAUCUGGUCUUUUAGCGGGGACUGUCGGAAUACCAUGCGAACUGAUUAACACGCGCAUGCAUGUGGAUCGAUUACUAAAAGUGAAAUAUAGGCGAAACUAUCGAAACGUGUUUGAUGGUAUACAUACAAUAUGGCGGAAUGAGGGUUUUAGGGCGCUCUAUACGGGAGGUUUAUGUUCUUUUACUCGCGCCACACUUGUUAAUAUUGGACAGAAUGCGAUGUAUGAUCAGAGCAAAAUUAUGUAUAAGCAUUACUUUGAUUGGGACGACGAUUGUAAAAUUCUGCAUAUAACGAGCUCCCUCACUGCAGCCAUUUUGUGUGCUCCUGUGGUUCAGCCUAUUGAGAUACUUAAGACGAUGCAAAUGAAUAGAUCGGCUGGUUAUUUAACCACAACCUCUGAAAAGAUUACGUAUAUGAUGCGUUUCGGUUUCAGAGGUCUAUUUCGUGGCAUUACGCCGAGUCUAUUGCGCAUGAUUCCACAGACAAUUAUUAUGUUUCUUUUAUAUGAGCAGUUACGAAUUCAGUUUGGCUAUUAUGAAGAAAAGGUAGACUAGAAGUGUAAAUAAAUGUAAAAUAUUGUCGAUUUUAGCUUUAUUAUGAUUAUCUUUAGAC